AUGGGGAAAAUAAUGAAACCCACUAAAUGUGUCCUUGUCCUUUCUGGACGCUUUGCUGGCCGUAAAGGAAUAGUAGUCAAGAACUAUGACGAAGGUACGGCGGAUCGACCGUACGGUCAUGCCUUGGUUGUCGGAAUCGACCGUUAUCCGAGGAAGGUUAUACGGAAAAUGAGCAAAAAGAAAAUUGAACAACGCUCUAAACUUAGACCGUUCAUUCGCGUAUACAACUACACGCAUUUGCUACCUACCAGAUAUUCGGUCGAUGUUGCGUUCAACAAAGCCUUGGUAAACAGAGAGUGUCUACGUGAUGCAGGUCAAAAGCGCAAGGCGCUUCGGGAGGUUAAACAAGCCCUGCAGGAAAGGUAUUUGUUUUAUUUUCAGAUGAUACAAUAG